CAAGUCCUCCUCCGUCUCUCCGCUUCCUUUCGAUCCCCGCUACGUUUCCAAACGUGCCCGCGAAGCUCGCGACAUGGCCCUCUGGCCCCAGACCGCCUCGGAUUUGACGGCUCCCCAGCUCUCCUCUUCCAUCCCAUCGUCCUCCUCCUCUCCUUCCUCCUCCUCCUCCUCCGCGUCUGCCUUCCGUCGUGCUCGCGCUGGAACUCUUCCCUCGCGUCUGCCUGCUCUGCUCCAGCCCUCCACCCUCCCCUCCUCCCUCACCUCCUCCUCCUCCUCCAACUCAUCCUUCGUCGCCGGAUCGUCCUCCAUCAACCCGCUCUCCCCUAGCCGUAUCCGCUCCGGAUCCCUCACCCUCCCGCCCUUCUCGCAAUCCCCCUUUGGCGCUUCGGUCUUUGCCCCCUCAACCUCAUCCUCCUCCUCCUCCGCCUGGCCCCUUCCCGGCCUGCGCUCCCCCGUCAACGACCAACCCGCCCUCUCCACCCUCGACUACCUAGGCCUCGAGAACCCUCCCCUCCCUUCCUCUCUCGGCCCCGACCUCACCACAGACAUGCACGAUCCUGCUCCUUCCCUCCGUCGCCUCAGCUCGGCCUCCGCGUCCUCCUCCUCCGCUGCCGUCGCUGCCGCCGCUUCCAUCGCUCCCCAGUCGACCUCGAAUUCGUCGUCCUUCCUGUCCGACAGACUGCGCCAUGACGUCAACCGCAUCCGCUCAUACUCUGUCUCCGCCACAGAACUCUACGACGAUCCGCACACAGCCGGCCUCGAGGGCCUGAUCGAGGAAACAGACGAGCACCACGACCAUCUCCCCGAUCUCGCGGUCCGCAACUCGUCCUCGGCCUCAGCCUCACAGUUUUCUCGUCCGCGAUCACGAACCACGAGCGGGCCUGAAAUUCACUCGUUUUUCGGCAGUAACUCUUCUUCAUCUUCUCGAUUCGAUUACUUUACAGAGCAACAGCAGCAGCAGCAACCGCAACAACAACAACAACAACAACAACACGUCUACGCGGACGAGUUGGCAAUCGUCAGCUCGUUGGAGGAUAAAUCAAUGGGCCCGACGCGCUCGCUCUGGAUCGGCAACAUCCCGCCCGGAGCAGCGAGCGUGGCUGCGCUGACGGGAUUGUUUGGUAAAUUCGGACAGCUGCAAUCGGCGCGCAUUCUGUCAAACAAAACCUCGGGGUUUGUCAAUUUCUCGUCUACGGACGAGGCUAUUCAGGCAAAAGCUGCGCUGAGUGGGACUGAGAUUUUGCCGGGCUCGGGACCUCUGCGGAUCGGGUUUGCAAAGGUGUUGCAGACCGCUGAGGAUGGACAGCCGAUCCUGCAGACGCAGUCACAGCAACCACCACAGCAGCAGCAACAAUCACAGAAACAGGACAUCACGUACAUGGUCAAAGAGACCAAAGCCGACAACGCGUCGGUACCGACAACACGCAGCCUGGCCGAGCUCGAAACAGAUAUAUUAGAGAUUGUGCGGGAGUACGGCGCCGACGAGGAGGAAGUCGCGAAAGCGGCGCAGACGUUCACCAACGCGAUCUCGUUCUCGUCCUUUGUCGAAGAGCUGCCAGCGCUGCCUGAUCCGAACCCGAACCGGAUCUACGACGCGCCGCGCCUGCGCGAGAUCCGGAAGCGGAUCGACAACGGCAGCUGCUCGAUUGCAGAGAUCGAGGCCUCUGCGCUCGAGAUGCUGGACGAGAUUGCCGAGCUCGCGAGCGAUUAUCUCGGAAACACGGUCGUGCAGAAGUUGUUUGAGUUUUGCUCGGAAGAGGUCAAGACGAAGAUGCUUGUGCGGAUCGCGCCGUACCUUGCGCAGCUGGGGAUGCACAAGAACGGGACGUGGGCCGCGCAGAAGAUAAUUGACGUUGCGCGCACGCCGGAGCAGAUGCUGAUGAUUGGACAGAACCUGCGCCCGUACACGGUGCAUUUGUUUCUGGACCAGUUUGGGAACUACGUGCUGCAGUGCUGUCUGCGGUUCGGGUCGCCGUACAACGACUUUAUCUUUGAGACGAUGCUGAGCAAGUUUUGGGAUAUUGCGCAGGGCAGGUUCGGAGCGCGGGCGAUGCGCGCGUGCUUGGAGAGUCAUUAUGCGAGUAAAGAGCAGCAGCGGAUGCUGGCGGCGGCAAUCACGUUGCACGCGGUGCAGCUGGCGACGAACGUGAACGGCGCGCUGCUGCUGACGUGGUUCUUGGACACCUGCACGUUGCCUAACCGGCACAAGAUCCUCGCGCCGCGGUUGAUUCCGCAUCUUGUGCCGCUGUGCACGCACAAGCUUGCGUCGUUGACUGUGCUGAAGGUAGUGAAUUACCGAUCGGAGCCCGAGGCGCGGCGGGCGAUUUUCGACGCGCUGAUUUUGUCGCCGGAUGAGAGCACGCUGGAGAAGAUCUUGAAGGACAGUUCGCAGGGGCCGACGGUGAUUUACAAGAUUCUGACGACGCCGUUUUUGGAGGCGGAUAUUCGGCAGCGGUCGAUUGUUGCGGUGCGGGAUGUGCUUGUGAGACUUAAAGUGCAUCCGUCGCAGGGAUACCGGCGGUUGUUGGACGAAGUCGGACUUUCGACACGGCUUGGCGGGAACGGUGGGGGAAGUCAGAGUGCUAGCUCUAGCAUGAAUGAGGGUGUACAGAUGCCGAGCGGAGGUGGUGGUGGAGCGAAUGGCAAGGCUGCAGGAAGUGGUGGACAUCAUAACCACAGCCAUCACCACCAUCACCACAACAGCCACGGCCACCACCACGGCAACCACAGUAACGGCGAGCAGCGGCACGAGCGCGAGUAUGCGCGAAUGAACCCAGCGCAGCAGCAGUACUACGCGAUGCAGGCGCCGCAGGCGAUGGCACCUCCGGCGCAGCAGGGCGGGUAUGAUUCCGCGGCGGAGUACUUGGCGAUGCUGGAGGCCAGGCAGCAAUUGGAGCCGAAUGCGAUCGAUGGGUAUCUUGCGAUGCAGAUGGAGCAGAUGGCGAUGCAGUCGCAGGGAGCGGAUGCAGGCGGGCAGUAUAGCCCGAUGAUGUAUCAGCAGUUUGUUAGAGCUCAGCAGCAGCAGCAGCAGCAGCAGCAGCAGCAACAACAGCAGCAGCAGCAAUUGUCACAACAAGCACAGCCGUUCUACUACGGUGGAUUUGGAAGUACGUCGCCUCCGCCGCCGGCGAUGAUGCAGCCGACGCAGUACCUGGCGGAAGGGUACCGCGGGUCGCCGACGAUGCAGGCGACGGCGCCGAUGUAUGGGUCGAUGGAGCCGCAGUAUCGGGGGGUGCAGGGAGCGCAUCAGAUUCCGGGGAGUCCGGGGUCGCCGAUGAUGUAUCAACAGUAUAUGGCGUCGGUGUAUGCGCCGUCGCCGCCUAAUGCGCCUCGGGUGAGUGUUGUUUUUUUUUAA